AUGAUUCCUGAAAAUUAUUGGACUCACUUCAUUCAUGGACAUGGCAAUGAAAUCAUCAGUCUGAAGAUAAGGGAUUCAACUUCAGAAAUGGGAGAGCAUGACAAGACAAACAAAAGAGAAGUCAUUGGGAUGACAAAGUUAAACAGAAAAGAGAGAGUAUUAGCAGAAUUUGAAGACAAUGCAUGGUCCUUAAAAGAUAGCAACCUUGUUCUUAUCCUCGACAAAAAGAUCGGUGAAGGUGGGGAUAUUUUUGAGAUUAAAGGUGAUAAGCAGAUUAAACUCUUCCUGGGUAAAAAGUUGGAAUAUGAACCAGAAAACAACAACAUUAACAUUGACAAGGAGUAUAUCACAGCUGUGGAGUUCUCUGCUGAUCAUCCAGCUGGAAAAGCCUUGGCUUUGCUUGGUAUCAAAUCAGGGAUUAUGAAGGUCAAUGAACGACGGUUUGCACUGCCAGCAGUAGUGUUGGCACUCAUUAUCUCAGAAUUUUUUGAGAAUGAAGGAUUUGAUACUUUCUACCUGAAUGAAACUGCAAAAGUGCUUGAUAAUUAUGGAGUCAUGGCAAGGUGCAAGUCAAGCAUAGAUGUGCAAGGAUGCAGGCCAAGUCUAGAUGAUAUGGUUGCUGGAAAUGGAUGUAGGAAAGCAAAGAUCCUAACAAGUUUAGCAGAUUAUAGAGGGCAAGUGUAG